UCUUCUCAGGUUAAACGCCCCCGGCCCUUUCCAUUUCUAUUUCAGCCAAAACAUGAACUCCUCUAGUUCACUAGCUUCUUUUGCAAAAAGGUUAGCUGGUAAAGUGGCAAUAAUCACUGGAGGUUCUAGCGGGAUUGGUGAGAGCACCUCUAGACUAUUUGUUGAACAUGGAGCGAAUGUCAUUAUAGCUGAUGUCCAGGAUCAAGUUGGUCAAUCCCUUUGUAAGGAACUUGGCACGGAGAACAAUGUUUACUAUGUACACUGUGAUGUCACUAGUGAUACCGAUGUCAAAAAUGUUGUCGAUUUUGCCAUAUCCAAGUAUGGGAAGCUAGACAUCAUGUACAACAACGCUGGCAUUACUGGCAAUAUAGAUCCAACAAUAUUAGGCACCGAGAAUGAAAAUUUUAAAAGGGUUUUUGAAGUUAAUGUGUAUGGUGGUUUCUUGGGUGCAAAGCAUGCUGCUAGAGUUAUGAUUCCUGUGAAAAAAGGCGUUAUUCUUUUCACAUCUAGUGUGGCUUCAGUGGCUUGUGGUGAGUCGCCUCAUGCUUAUACAAUGUCGAAGCAUGCGGUGGUGGGGCUAAUGAAGAAUUUGUGCGUGGAACUAGGGCAAUAUGGAAUAAGGGUUAACUGCAUUUCUCCUUGUGCUCUUGCUACUCCACUGCUAAGAAAUGCAAUGGGAGCGGAUAAAAGUUUUGUGGAGCAUGUAGUUUGUGAAUCUGCCAAUCUGAAAGGAGUGGUGCCGUCACCCAAAGAUGUGGCGGAGGCUGCCUUGUAUUUAGGUAGCGAUGAGUCCAAGUAUGUGAGUGGACUAAAUCUCAUGGUUGAUGGGGGAUACAGCACCACUAACCAGUCCUUCAAUAUGGUAUUAAGGAAUAUAUUGUCCUGAUUCAAAAGUUGUUCAAGAUGAUCAAGAGUCCGACUUCAGGACAUCUAGCUCCGUCCAAUAUAAUACAAUUUUCUCUCGUCGGAAUGUAUUACAAUUUUAUAGUCUCCGUAACUAUAUCUCCUUUUUUCCAGUGGCGAAUCCAGCAAUUUUUA